AUGGCCGCAUCAUUGGACUACCCGGCACAGCAGUUCAACGUGCACCGAAGGCCUUUGCCAGCCGGAACGCCCGCCAUCGACUAUCUAGCCCACUCUCGCUCGCGGACCAUUUCGUCCAAUGUCAUCCCUCCUCAGCAAUACCAGCAACAUCCUCAUCCUCCGCCAUCCAACCAGUCUCGUCGUACCCUGUCCAAUGCCACCACUUCGACAGCGAGCACCCACAGCAGCAGCGUGCACGGCCGCGUUCCUGCCGCUCCUUCGUCAUACGCUUCGUCAAUUCGCCGAUCAACCUCGUCUCGCUCCAACAACUCGCCUUCGUCAUAUGUCUCCCUGAUGCGGAAACAAAAGGCCACCGUCUGGUGCGACCGUGCCCAGCUCGAGGACCCUCGUAUCCUGGCCCAGCAGAGAGCUGCCAAGAUGCGCGCCCAGAUGGAAGUUGUUGGCGGCGUCUCGGCCACUGGCAACGCUCGCUCUGGUGGAAGCAGUGGAGGUAUUGCCAGCAAGAUCCGCCAUCACGGUGCUGUCAAGGCUUCAGCAUACUCGGCCGCUGGCAACUUGUCUGGAGCUGGUGUACCCAUGCGUCUUAGUGCCAGUGAGGUCGAUGAGGAUAACAGCGACGACGACAGCGCCAUUGCUCGUUACCACCAACGCAACAACUCUGGACGCAGCAGUCUGGGUUCUGGUCACCACAUGCGCGAAAGCUACUAUGCCGGUCCCACACCUACUGCUGCCCGCUUCGGCAACGGCAGCACACCACCCAGCAACACCAGCCCUGUCGACAAGCACCCCGAACCGCGGGAACGCCAGGACUCGAUCGCUACAACCCGCUCAUACUCUGAUGCCACUCCCCAACAAGGCGGUCUCAGGAACGACUACUUUACACAUCCCGGCGGCAACGGUGGCUCAAGCGGCUCCAUCCAGGAAGAGCGUUCUUUCGGAGACGUAGGAGGCCUACCCACUCGCGCUCCUGUAUCUUACAACUACGAUCAACAAAAGACGAAUGACGAGUUGCGACGACGAGGCAGUGUCGAUGACCGUACGACCACUAUGAGCGGUGUACGCCUGUUUGUCGCAAACCCCGACAUGGACGACGACUAA